CCCUGGCUGGGGUGUCGGGGGCGGCCCCGGGGUCGUCCCGGUGACCCGGCGCCCGGGUGAUUGGCGUGCGCGCGAAUGUGGGCGUCCCGGGGCUCGGCUUGGCUCGGGGCUGCUACGGACACUGGGAACUGCGGGGCUGCGGGAGGUCUGCGCAGGGCCGGGCGUGCCCGCCCCAGACGCCCCGGGAGGCCGAGGAGAGUGGGAGUGGCCGGGGGCCUCGGUUAGCCUUCGCCCCCCGAUGGAGGGGAUGUCCUUACUCGCCAGAACCUGGACGUUGCGAAGAGAGAACCAACGUGGACGGACUUCACGCCUCAGCAAGGCGUUUGGCGAUGAGGACUUAGCAGCAUCCAGGUUGGGGCUUUUGAGGGUGUUGAUAGAGAAGGGGAAGGUUAGUAGUAAUGGUAAUAAUUGUUCUAAAAGAGAUUUACAGAUGAUUGUUGGCAGGUGUGGAGCAAGGAGAAAAUAUUGCCUGUGUUCUUUUAAAGAAGAUCACACAAGCAAGCAGUCCUCAGAGGUCCAGCAGUUUAGAGUCAUUUCCACUUGGAGUUCUAUAGUUUAGUACUGUCUGCCAGCUCAUUAAAGUGCGUAAAAGCAGGAUUUGGGGGGAGGGAUGGGGAGACAAGGUGUGUUACAAAGUAAGCUGCAUGUAAAGUCAAAAGUUCAUGCUGUUGAUGAAAAGCAUAUGUUUUUACUAAACGUAAUUGCAGUUGCUUAAGAAAACUCGUCACCUUUGGUCCAGACAGCCUGUCAAUUCCAUGUGUUCUUAAGUGAUGUUUGUACAUCACAGUAAUUUUGGCAUGUGGUGUAUAUACUUCUGGUUUGUAAAAGAACAAGAAUGAGUGGAAAAGAACAAUUUGACAAACAGCUUCUUGUGCACACUUUUUCAUUUUGGAAGGGUAAGAGGAUUUACUUUAUUUCUUUGCAAAUGUUUUGCAGUAGUAUAUAGGAACAUUUAUAAGAAGAAACAUUUCGAUCAAGAAUGGGCUCCUGAGACGGGGAUUUCGUUUUUUCAGUAUUAUAUUACAAAGCGCAUCAUCACCCAUGAUAAAUUUUGUGAUGGUGUCUUUUUAUGAACACUGGAAGAUUGCAAGCAUAUACACCUACAUAAUUUUAAAUUAGUAUGUGAUACGAAGUUUUUCAAUCUUAGCCAGCACGGCCACCCCCAUUUCCUUACAACUGGCUUAAUUCAAGUUUUUUUUAGGGCAGUGACUGAAGUCUUUUCAAGUUUUUCACUGUGAAUUGUUGCAUGUCAAACUUGAUGAGGUGUCCUAGUUGAAGUUUCGCCAAUUAAAAAAUUGGAGGACCCCGCCAGGACAUCACAUUACACUUAGCCUUAACCUCGUUAGGCUCCUCUUGGCUGUGGCAGUUUCUCAGACUUUCCUUGUUUUGAUGAUGUUGUCAAUUUUGGGGGAGAACUGAUCAGAAAAUGACUGCAGUGUUGGAAGAUCAUUACUAUUGGAAGGCCGGUUAGCAUCUAUUUCCUAAGAGGAACUUGACCACCAUUUGUUCUGGCAUGGCGCAGAGCAGUCCACAGCUUGAUAUGCAGGUUCUCCAUGACCUCCGACAACGCUUCCCUGAGAUUCCAGAGGCUGUGGUGUCUCAAUGCAUGUUACAGAAUCACAACAAUCUUGAAGCCUGUUGCCGAGCUCUUUCCCAGGAGAGUAGCAAAUACUUAUAUAUGGAAUACCAUAGUCCAGAUGACAACAGGAUGAAUAGAAAUCGCCUUUUGCAUAUUAAUCUGGGUAUCCAUUCUCCUGGUAGCUACCACCCAGGAGAUGCAGCACAACUUAAUGGUGCUCGAACACUGGUACAUAGCUCAAGUGAUGGACAUAUUGAUCCACAGCAGGCAGCAGGUAAACAACUGAUAUGUUUAGUUCAGGAACCACACUCAGCUCCAGCUGUUGUGGCAGCAACUCCCAACUACAAUCCAUUUUUUAUGAAUGAACAGAACAGAAGUGCAGCUACUCCUCCUUCACAGCCACCUCAACAGCCAUCUUCCAUGCAAACAGGAAUGAAUCCAUCUGCUAUGCAAGGGCCUUCACCACCGCCGCCUCCACCUCCUUCAUACGUGCACAUACCUCGGUAUAGUAUAAAUCCAAUUACUGUUACAGUAUCCCAAAAGUCUGGACAGACUGUACCAAGAGCUUUACAUAUUCUUCCACAAAUUCCAAGCAAUCUCUAUGGGUCUCCCGGUUCUAUUUAUAUUAGACAGACAUCUCAGAGUUCAUCAGGAAGACCAACUCCUCAGAGUACGCCAUGGCAGUCCUCACCACAGGGCCCAGUGCCUCAUUAUAGCCAACGUCCUUUACCUGUGUAUCCACAUCAACAGAACUAUCAACCUUCUCAGUAUUCUCCCAAACAACAGCAGAUCCCUCAACCUGCGUACCAUUCACCACCUCCUUCUCAGUGUCCUUCACCCUUUAGCUCUCCACAGCAUCAGGUGCAACCUUCCCAGUUGGGCCACCCAAGUUCCCAUGUCUUUGUGCCUCCUAGUCCUUCAACUACUCCACCCCAUCCGUAUCAACAAGGACCUCCUAGCUAUCAGAAACAGGGAAGCCAUUCAGUAGCCUAUCUCCCAUACACAACAUCUGGCUUGCCCAAAGGAUCCAUGAAGAAGAUAGAAAUAACAGUUGAACCCUCUCAAAGACCUGGGACAGCAAUGAAUAGGAGUCCUUCACCUAUCGGUAAUCAGCCGUCUCCACGGAGUCAGCACUCACUGUACACAGCCACCACACCACCUUCAAGUUCUCCUUCAAGAGGAAUAUCCAGUCAACCAAAACCCCCAUUUGGUGUUAAUCCUGUGUAUAUUACAUAUACACAGCCAACUGGACCUUCAUGCGCUCCUUCACCAUCUCCUCGGGUGAUACCAAACCCAACUACGGUUUUUAAAAUUACUGUAGGCCGAGCAACAACUGAAAAUCUUUUAAAUUUAGUGGACCAAGAAGAGCGUUCUGCAGCCCCAGAACCUAUUCAGCCCAUUUCAGUGAUACCAGGCUCUGGGGGAGAAAAGGGAAGCCUUAAAUAUCAGAGGAGUUCUAGUUCUGGAUCGGAUGACUAUGCGUAUACACAAGCUUUGCUGUUACAUCAGCGAGCAAGGAUGGAGAGGUUAGCAAAGCAAUUGAAACUUGAGAAAGAGGAGCUAGAGCGGUUGAAGGCUGAAGUUAACAGUAUGGAGCAUGACUUGAUGCAGAGACGGCUCAGAAGGGUCAGCUGCACCACUGCAAUCCCCACGCCUGAGGAAAUGACAAGAUUGAGAAGCAUGAACAGACAACUCCAGAUAAAUAUUGACUGUACACUGAAAGAAGUUGACCUCCUUCAAUCUAGAGGAAACUUUGAUCCAAAAGCCAUGAAUAACUUUUAUGACAACAUAGAACCUGGCCCAGUUGUACCACCCAAGUCAUCUAAGAAAGACUCGUCAGAUCCCUGCACCAUUGAGAGGAAGGCCCGAAGAAUUAGCGUGACCUCCAAAGUACAGGCGGACGUCCACGACACCCAGGCAGCGGUUGCAGAUGAGCAUCUUACUGGCUCAAAACAGAGUCCUCGGACCCAACCCCGAGACGAAGACUAUGAAGGGGCUCCGUGGAAUUGUGAUAGCUGCACCUUUCUGAACCACCCAGCACUAAAUCGCUGUGAGCAGUGUGAGAUGCCACGGUACACUUGAAUUCCAAAGAGUCUGCACCAGGUUGAGAGUGAAACUUUGAGCAUCCAUUUAAAGAAAAGGAAACCUUGGGAAUCUGUUCAUUUGCCCAGCCUUUUUAUUUCAGAUGCCAUGUGGGGAGGAGGGAUGACACUGUAGCCUCUUGUGCUGACUAAAGGAAAAAUGGGAGGUCUUUUUUCCUUUCUUAACUCUUGCAGAGUGAGAGAUAGAAAGGGGUACUUGAAACUGGGAAAGGGUUCACUCCUGAGAGAAUGUACACAGAGAAGUCAAGAGCUCUUCUGUGGAAUCCCAGUUGUUAAAGUUACUGCUGAGAGGCCCUUAUUUUAUAAAGGAGAACUUUGAAUCACGGUGUGACAUGUUACAGUUUAUGCAAACAAACUGUGAAUUCCCAGAGCACUUACCUUGUCACAGCUCUCUGGAAAACCAAGGCUCCCCAUGCUUCUUCCCGUUGCUUCCUCCUGAAGAGGACAGGAAAAAGCACCCAGAAUAUGAUUCUUUUUUCGGGGGUGGGGGUGGGAGGGGCAAAAUAAUAAGGGUAUUUGUAAUUGCUGCUUUUUUCAGGGGUAAUUUCAAACAGAAGAUGUUUUACAAUGUGAUUUGUAGCAGUCAGGAAUUAGGCACACUGUGCCCUUUGUUUGAAAGUACAAUCAGAGGUGAUAAGAUCCCUUUUGCUUGUACAAUGAUUCAUCAAGCUACAUCAACACUGGUGACUAAGACCUAAUUAUGCCAUAUAAUAGAUACAUUUUUUUAAGUUACUGCAUGCUUUUAUCAGGCCACUGGUUUUAAAAAUAACAAGUCCUUACAAAGUAUGAGUUUAUGAAUGACCUCAUAUAACUGCGCUUUGCCACUAGCACAGUGAAUGUAUGCCAAAUGUAAAUCCAUUCCAAAAUCCAUUUGGAAAUCUUGAGCACAGCUGUGGUUCUAUAAGAAAUGUUUGCAGUCCAUAGGGCCUGAUUUUUUUCUCUCCAAUUUUGUGAUCAUUUCAUAAUGUUUACAGGACAGAUAAUAUUUUGUGCCAUAAUCCUAACCUAGCUGAAAAAAAUCAAUAUUAGCUAUUCAGUAAAGAUUUGCACAUAUGUUAAUAAACCAGUGCAAGGGAAAUUACAGUUGGCCAAUACCAUAAACUUGCACACUGCGUUAUUUGGGGACGGAGAGAAUGUUAGUCAAGAAAUAUGAUUAAGAGAAGGGAAAAUACAAAGGACUUUGAAACUAAGACCUUUUAAAAUUUCACAUACUGUUCAGAGAUAAUACUGAGUUUGUUCAGGUAGUUCACGUGAUAACAAAAGCACUCCUUAUUUAUGAAACCAGAACUUUAGGACAUGAAUAACUGAAGAGAUAAAAAGUCAUGUGACUUACUAGGGUACACCACUGGAAAAUUAAUAGGCCAUUUAAUCAAGGUCUCUACCAUUGUUGACUUACCUUGCUAGCUCAGAAUUCAAUUUUGGAAUCUUCCCAUUACUUGAGUGAAUAUAAACAGCAAUAAAAUUGGUAGGUUUUCUAAUCCUAAAGGGUUUUUACCUGAGGUUAUUAUAGUGGAGAUACAAUGUCCACUGUACCGCACCAGGUAUCCCCCCUACACACUCACUCACUCUCUCUCUCUCUGUCUCUCUCUCUCUCAAGCUAUCAUUGUAUUCUUUUUUAACAAUAAUCUUGGCAGACCUGGAAAAAAUAAGCUGCACUUAAUAGCAUAAUGAAACCAAAGGCAUAAUCACUCAUCAUAGUUUUCCAUCAAAAUCAUAAUUUUACACUUUUAUCUACAACUUCAAAACCAUUGUUUCGUUUGUGAACAAUUCCCUAAAAAAUACCCACUUGUCUCAAAUUAAGCAUGUGUGUAAUUACACUGAUAGGACAUCUCUCAUACAACUAUGGCAAAACUGUGAAAAUAAUGGUGAGAAAGCAGAUGGGCUUAAAAGCAUUGACCUGAAAACAGCAUUCUUUAAAGGCUUUUGUAACACUGGUAGCUGUUAGUCUCCAGCAACAGUCCAUCAGUCCUCCUGUUUUGCAAUAUGCCAGUGCCUUUGUAUGGUUUCAUAUCUCUUAUUAGUGAUGGUCAACCCCACUUAGUAUUAAGUAAUAAAUAGGGGGAAAUACAUACGUAUACUGCUUGGUGUUCUAGCUACAGGUUUACCAGUAUUCUUAGUGAUAUGCCGAAGUGGCAGCAAUGACUUGGCACUUGUCAGUUGAAAAUGAAAGUAUCGUGUAUGAAAACAGUUUGAUGCUUUAUUAAAACCAUGUAGAUGACUUUAAAACUAUUGCAUGAACUUACAUCCAGGUUACUAAGCUGUGAUCAUACAGUAGAUGCAUGGUUCCAGUCCUUUGGUGAUAAAUCUUACACAUCAUUGUUUUUACCUGCCAGGAAAAAAGUGAGAAACCAGUCUGUUGGAUAGAUGUAGAGGGUGGGGUAUCAGAAAUUGAUUUGAAUGAUGUUUGUGUAUGUUCAUUUCUGGUUGUGCACAACUUUCAUAUGCCAACAUAGGCUGUACUCAGUUUUUCAAAUAAGCAAGGUUAUUUGACAUUGAAAAAUUGGAUGUAUUUAACUAUGUCCCAUAUAUAGAUUACUUCUUGCCUAUGAGCAGUUCGAGAAUUCAGUCAACUUUCAAGGUGCCUUUCCAAAAGAUCUCCCAGUUGGCUAUACAGACAAUUGGCCUGUGAGUGGCAGGCAGCCUACUGAGGUGCUUCAGCACUUUGCAUCAGUUAGUGCACUUAGGUCUAGUGAAGAGGGUUUUUUUCUUAAAAUAAGACUAGUCUGAUGUAUCUGACACAUAGAUCUGACUAUACAUUUUUUACAUUCUUUCACUGUUUUGUAAACUGGGUUUUUAGAAAACACAUUUGCCAUUUUGUUAAAGUAUAUUGCCUCUUAAAUUUUGGAGUAGGUCGUAUAAGCUGAUUGGGGUAAUAGAGGAACCAGAAACUGUCUGGGCCUGUAAAAUUGAUAGUGACCUUCUUUAGGGGGAGUGUAGAGGCAGGGAAGUUUUAAAGAAACAAAAGAAAUACAUUGUAAAAAAGGUAGUUUUAGAGAAGAUUAAUGAUGGUUGGGAAAGUGUUGCUAAUUUGUUUGUUUAUUUCCCUGAAAGAAAUGGGAAGUGUGAUAAGCAGUUUAAUUUUUAAGGAGCUGGUCUCAAUUUUAGUACCUUUUAAUUAUUAAAAGAAAUCAAUGUUUGCUUAAAUUUUGUCAUUACUUUGUCCCACCUAUCUAGGGUUCAUAUACAACUUUCUGUGGCAACUCAAUUCUAUAUAGUAUUUUAAAGGUAACUGUAAUGUCUUAGAGAGUAUGAACAGAAAGUAAGACUAUAAGAACAUAGAAAAAUUGUCCUUUGAAAAUAUCAGUGACGUAUCCUGGAAUGUGAAGAUGUCCCUUUAUAGUUAAAAUCGAUUUAUUUUAAUAUUGUAAUCAUUGUCCAGACUUGGAAUGAGUCCAUGUUACAGUGUGUCUGUAUAUCUAUCUGUAGAGAAAGAAAAAUGACAAUUGAAAUGUUACUUUAAAAAAAGUCAGAAUUGGGCACUGUCUGUGUUGCACCACUACUGUAUUUUUUGAAAGAAUUAACAGUAUUUUCUUACUGUAAAAGGAAGUUCUAAUGACAUUUUCACAUUCACCAGACGUGCAUUUUUUUUUGUAUUAUUCACAUCCCCAAAUAUUUAAUACAAAUAGAUUUUGCAUGGCUUGGGCAUUCAGAGAUUAAUAGAAUGAAUUAAUUUUAGUGUCUAAAGCCAUGAAAAAUUGCUUUGAGACUGAACAAUUCUGAAUUCUUAUUUAUGACACCCAAUGUCUAUAUUUCCCUACUAUAAAAGAAUUGAUCAUUUUCUUCAUUAAAGCAGCAAGAACUUAAAUCUUGUAAAUACCUUGUCUCUUAGAUUUCUGUGUAUGCUGUGAAUCAGAUUAUUUUGAGGUGAAAUUGUACAAAGGCAUUUUAAAAAGCUAUGCAUGCAUCGUACUUCCAAACAGUAUAUAUUCGGAAAGUCAAAGAUUCCUGCAAAAUAAAUUAAUAAACUAAAAGCAAA